GUGAUGCCGUACAAAGACAGAUUGCAGCGGUGGUGUGGUUACAUGGAUGUGGAGGAGGAGGAGGACAGUGGAAAUUUCGUGUGCCGGUACUUCAUAUUGGAUCCAGUGAAGCAAUACCUCAUGUAUUACGCGGACAAUCCGCUGAAUCUGCCUGAUGGUGCGAAGCCAAUGGUGUCCAUUAAGGUGAACUACAUAUCUCUCAUAAGUGAUGCCCCACAACCACACAGGCCCAAGCACUCCUGCACUUUCGCUAUAACGAUACCAAGUAGGAAGUACUAUCUGCACGCGAGCGACUGGAAGGAGAUGAUACAGUGGAUGUAUGAGAUCAGGAAUGCUGCGAAAAUUGUCGUGCCAAAAUCACAGGUUAAAGCCAUAGCCAGCGAUACAGACAUCCCUCUCAUUGGUGGCUACACUACGCAGAUCAUCUCUGGGAACGUUGUACGAACGCCGUGGGAGGUGGCCGACGUCGCCGCAUUCGUCAGUCUACCGGUUCUUACCCCGGGCCUAGCGGCUACAACACGCGCUACCCUGCAUGACGGUGCCACGCGCGACGCCGUGCUUGAGCGGCUGCUCGAGGCACGCGGUGAGCAGGGUGCUAGCUGGUCGUCGUCGUCGUGCAAGACUGUGUAA